CCUGUUUCAAGUAACAUGAAAGGAUUAUCUGGCAGUCGUAAUCAAUCACAGUUAUGUUCUGCACAUACUUGUGGUUUAGCAUCCCCUGAAGAUUGUGAACACAGCCACGAUCAUCUUCAUCAUGGCCAGGAUUCAAGGCAAUCGUAUCUUCUCAGCCCAACUGAGAGUUGCCCCGUGGACCACCAUCGCUGCUCACCACGAAGCUCCAUCCAUUCAGAAUGUAUGAUGAUGCCCAUGGUUAUGGGUGAUCAUAUGUCCAGUAGCACUUUCCCCAGAAUGCACUACACCUCACAUUACGAUACUAGGGACGAUUGCGCCAUGACUCACGCAAACCCGAAGAUUAACCGGAUCCCAGCAAAUUUGCUGGAUCAAUUUGAGAAGCAACUUCCUCUCCAUAGGGAUGGCUUUCACACUUUGCAGUACCAAAGGACAUCAACAGCAGCCGAACAACGCAGCGAAAGCCCAGGUAGAAUACGUCACCUCGUCCAUUCGGUCCAAAAACUGUUCACAAAAUCACAUUCUUUGGAAGGAUCUUCCAAGAGCAAUGUAAAUGGGGCAAAGGGAGAUGGCCGAGGUGAUGACCAUCAUCAUGGACAUCAUUCUAAGCAUAGCAAAAGAAGUAAAAGUAAAGAGCGAAAGCCUGAAAGUAAGCAUAAAACUGGAAUGAGCAGCUGGUGGAGCUCUGAUGACAACUUGGACAGUGAUAGCACUUACCGGACACCUAGUGUGGUAAACAGGCAUCAUGUGGACCAUAUCUCUCAUUGCUAUCCUGAAGCUCUUCAGGGACAUUUUGGGGAUCUCUCAUUAAAGACUUCCAAAAGUAACAACGAUGUGAAAUGUUCCGCUUGCGAAGGUCUUGCGAUGACCCCUGAUGGCAAGUACAUGAAACGGAGCUCUUGGUCUACCCUCACAGUAAGCCAAGCUAAAGAAGCUUAUCGGAAGUCGUCUCUUAAUCUAGACAAGCCUCUAGUUCAUCAGGAAAUAAAACCCUCCCUGAGACCAUGCCAUUACCUUCAGGUACCUCAAGAUGAAUGGGGAGGUUACCCUGCUGGUGGUAAAGAUGAGGAGAUUCCCUGCAGAAGGAUGAGAAGUGGAAGUUAUAUUAAAGCCAUGGGAGAUGAGGAAAGUGGAGAUUCUGACAGUAGUCCCAAAACAUCACCAAAGGUAGCAGUCCAUCCGGAAUCAUUGUUAAAAUCUAUUGGACAAAGAGCCCUUGGUGACCUCCAGAAUCAGAGCUAUCUGCAAGCUACAAGUGAAGUGCCUGGUGGCCAUACCCUGGAUCCUUCGGCAAACUACAAUUCCCCUAAGUUUCGAUCAAGGAAUCAGAGCUAUAUGAGAGCAGUAAGCACACUCAGUCAGGCCAGCUGCGUUAGCCAGAUGAGUGAAGCAGAGGUCAAUGGGCAAUUUGAAUCUGUUUGUGAAUCAGUGUUUAGUGAAGUUGAAGCUCAGGCCAUGGAUGCCCUCGGCUUGCCAGGUUGCUUCCGAACCAGAAGUCAUAGUUACCUGCGCGCCAUUCAAGCUGGUUACUCUCAAGAUGAUGAAUGUCUCCCUUCAAUGGCAUCUUCUAACGUCACCUCAACAAUCAGGUCAACAACGGCUGUAACUUACACAAGUUACAAAAAGACUCCUCCACCUGUACCCCCGCGCACCACCUCGAAGCCACUCAUUUCAAUUACAGCACAGAGCAGCACAGAAUCCACCCAGGAUGCCUAUCAGGAUAGCCGGACUCAGGGGAUUUCCCCAUGGCCUCAAGAUGGCCUCAGGAUGUACAACUCCACAGACAGUUUGGAUAGCAACAAGGCUAUGAAUCUGGCCAUGGAAACGGCAGCUGCACAACGCCACAUGUCGGAAAGUCAAAUCAGCUCCGUGAGAACCAGCGACAAGGCCAUCCUCGUGACAAAGGCUGAGGAGUUCUUGAAGAGUCGGCGCUCCUCUAUAGGGAUCCAGGUAGCCUGCCCUUAACACUUGUUCUGGGAUGAGCUGCUCGUGGAAGCAGCAACUGAUUCAGAUACCGACAGCAAAGGCUUACGGGAGUAUCAUUCAGUUGGAGUGCAAGUGGAAGAUGAUAAGCGCCAUGGACGAUUUAAGCGCUCAAACAGUGUAACGGCAGCUGUUCAAGCCGAUUUAGAACUUGAAGGCUUUCCUGGACACAUAACAAUGGAGGACAAGGGACUUCAAUUUGGUGGCUCUUUCCAGCGACAUUCAGAGCCAAGUACUCCUACUCAGUAUGGUGCAGUAAGAACUGUACGGACACAAGGCCUGUUUAGUUAUAGAGAAGAUUAUAGGACCCAGGUUGACACCUCCAAUCUCCCACCACCUGAACCCUGGCUGGAACCAUCCAUGGAGACCAUUGAAACAGGACGAAUGUCUCCAUGUCGACGGGAUGGGUCAUGGUUUAUGAAGCUGCUACACACUGAGACUAAAAGGAUGGAAGGAUGGUGUAAAGAAAUGGAGAGAGAAGCAGAAGAAAAUGAUCUCUCUGAAGAAAUUUUAGGUAAGAUCCGAAGCGCUGUAGGAAGUGCACAGUUGCUAAUGUCGCAAAAAUUCCAGCAAUUCUAUUGGCUUUGUCAACAGAAUUUGGAUCCCAGUGCUAUGCCCCGACCAACUGCACAGGACCUUGCAGGAUUCUGGGACUUAUUACAACUCUCAAUUGAAGACGUCAGUAUGAAAUUUGAUGAACUGCAUCAGAUGAAACUGAAUGAAUGGAAAAUAAUAGAAUCACCCGAAAAAAAGGAAGAGAGAAAGGUUCCUCCGCCUGUACCAAAGAAGCCCCCUAAAGGAAAAUUCCCCAUCACCCGAGAGAAGUCUUUGGAUCUGCCUGACCGACAGCGCCAAGAAGCUCGAAGACGCCUCAUGGCCGCUAAGCGGGCAGCCUCUUUCCGGCAAAACUCCGCUACGGAGCGUGCAGACAGCAUUGAGAUCUAUAUUCCAGAAGCCCAAACGAGGCUUUAA